AGACAACCAAAAGGAGAAUGUAUUCUGGGUGUGGCUGCAUGUGAUUUACCCAAUAGCCAAAGUGGGGGGGACGCUGAAGGGGAAAGACAGAGCGUUUUCUGCUGAAGGGAGUGGAAGCUGAGGGCUGCAGGAUGAAGAACUCUGGAACCUGUAUACUGUUGUGUCUCUUGGCACUCUUCUUGUCCCCAGCUGACUGGUUUCCAUGGGUGGUCAAUGGGCAAGAACCAGAAACUGCAACAGGUGAUGUUACCCCUCCCUCUCUUCUCAGCAGCCCUGCUGCAGCCGUCACACCACCUGGGGUUCUUCCUUCCGUUCAGUCUGACAGUGAAACUGCAACGGCUUCAUCAGACUGUCGUGAAGAAAAGUUUCCUUGCACGCGCCUGUACUCUGUUCACAAACCAGUAAAGCAGUGUAUCAGCUACCUCUGCGUUACAAGUGUGCGGCGCAUGUACAUAAUAAACAAGGAGGUGUGCUCUCGCAUUGUCUGCAAGGAGAAUGAGGUCAUGCAAGAUGAGAUCUGUCGCCAGCUGGCUGGCCUUCCUCCUCGACGUCUGCGCCGAUCUGGGCAACCCCUGCCUCUCCCUUGCAGACAGCUUCUGGAACAGCAGCGUGGAAGGCCUGAUGCUCUCUGAGCUCCCAACAGCAGGAGAGGAAAAGGAAGCGAGAGAAGAGAAAUCCUCAUCCACUACCUACCCGAGACAAGUCUUUCUUGUUUGUGAUUUCCCCACCAUUUUCUUGCUUCUAUGCCUUCCCCUACAUCCUCUUCUUCAGGUUCUACAGUACACAGAGUACUCUGCUAGUCUGUUAUGGUGGCUCUUGUCAUCUUUAAAAUCUGUUGCUGAGGAUAUAAGAUGCUCCCUCCUUUCCUCUCUGUCUGGCAGGCCACGAGCUGCUCAUUUCCCAGAGGUCCUUAUAAAUGUGCUGCAUCUUCUCU